UUCGCUUAUGACAAAAAACGGCAGCAUGUUUAUUCGUCACAGCACGCUCUGUUCUUCUCACUCAGGAGGAUGAGAAGCUAUCGCUGUUGGCGUAAAGUCCAAGAAACCAUACGUUUAUACUCCUCUUCAUCUUCUUCUGCUUCAAGUCUUUUGGAAUUUGUAAACGCAGAUUUUCCUUCUACGAUAGGAAUCCGAGGAAGGCGCGAAUUUGCUCGUCUCUUGCAGCUGCGUGCGUCAGAUGAUCUGUUGCAUUAUCAAAAUGUAGUUCAUGGUCAGAUUAUUGUUUGGGGCCUCGAGUUAGAUACGUAUCUUAGCAACAUUUUGAUCAAUUUGUAUUCGAGAGCUGGUGGUAUGGUUUAUGCACGUAAGGUGUUCGAGAAAAUGCCUGAGAGAAACUUAGUUUCUUGGUCUACCAUGGUUUCAGCUUGCAACCAUCAUGGGAUUUAUGAGGAAUCUUUGGUGGUUUUCUUAGAGUUCUGGAGAACUAGAAAAGACAGUCCGAAUGAAUAUAUUUUGUCGAGUUUUAUUCAAGCUUGCUCAGGCUUAGAUGGUCGUGGGCGUUGGAUGGUGUUUCAACUACAAAGUUUUCUUGUCAAGAGUGGGUUUGAUAGGGAUGUUUAUGUUGGUACCUUGUUGAUUGAUUUUUAUUUGAAGGAUGGUAAUAUCGAUUAUGCGAGGCUUGUGUUUGAUGCUUUACCAGAGAAAUCUACUGUGACUUGGACGACCAUGAUCAGUGGGUGUGUAAAAAUGGGAAGAAGCUACGUUUCAUUACAGCUGUUCUACCAACUAAUGGAAGACAAUGUUGUUCCAGAUGGCUACAUCCUUUCGACGGUUCUAAGUGCAUGUUCAAUACUUCCGUUUCUUGAAGGUGGGAAGCAGAUUCAUGCGCACAUCUUAAGAUAUGGACUUGAGAUGGAUGCCUCACUGAUGAAUGUGCUUAUAGAUUCUUAUGUGAAGUGUGGCAGAGUUAUAGCGGCUCAUAAGCUAUUCAAUGGAAUGCCGAAUAAAAACAUCAUUUCGUGGACCACUUUGCUCUCUGGUUAUAAGCAGAACGCUCUUCAUAAAGAAGCCAUGGAAUUGUUUACCAGUAUGUCAAAGUUUGGUUUAAAGCCGGAUAUGUAUGCUUGCUCUAGCAUACUCACAUCUUGUGCCUCACUUCAUGCUUUGGGAUUUGGAACACAAGUUCAUGCUUACACUAUCAAAGCCAAUCUUGGCAAUGAUAGCUAUGUGACUAACAGCUUGAUUGACAUGUAUGCGAAAUGUGACUGUUUGACCGAUGCCAGAAAAGUUUUUGAUAUUUUCGCUGCUGCUGAUGUGGUUUUAUUCAAUGCAAUGAUUGAAGGUUACUCGAGACUUGGGACACAAUGGGAACUACAUGAAGCAUUGAACAUCUUUCGUGACAUGAGGUUCAGAUUGAUUCGACCUAGCCUAUUGACUUUUGUUAGCCUUCUACGUGCAUCUGCUUCUUUAACAAGCUUGGGACUGAGUAAACAAAUCCAUGGAUUGAUGUUCAAAUAUGGGUUAAACUUAGAUAUAUUUGCUGGAAGCGCUUUGAUUGAUGUUUACUCAAAUUGCUACUGCCUCAAGGAUUCCAGGCUUGUGUUUGAUGAAAUGAAAGUGAAAGAUCUUGUUAUCUGGAAUUCUAUGUUUGCAGGUUAUGUUCAACAAUCAGAGAACGAAGAAGCUCUCAACCUGUUUCUGGAAUUACAGUUAUCAAGAGAAAGACCUGACGAAUUCACGUUUGCCAACAUGGUUACAGCAGCUGGCAACCUAGCAAGUGUUCAAUUGGGUCAAGAGUUCCAUUGCCAGCUUCUGAAAAGAGGCUUGGAAUGUAAUCCGUAUAUUACAAAUGCUCUACUAGAUAUGUACGCCAAAUGUGGUAGUCCCGAAGACGCUCAUAAGGCUUUUGAUUCAGCAGCUUCAAGAGAUGUAGUUUGUUGGAAUUCUGUCAUCUCAUCUUAUGCGAAUCAUGGAGAAGGCAAAAAGGCUCUUCAGAUGCUUGAAAAAAUGAUGAGUGAGGGAAUAGAGCCUAACUACAUCACCUUUGUUGGAGUUCUAUCAGCGUGUAGCCAUGCUGGUCUUGUAGAAGAUGGACUUAAGCAAUUUGAGUUAAUGCUUCGAUUUGGAAUUGAACCUGAAACUGAGCACUAUGUUUGUAUGGUAUCUCUUUUAGGCCGUGCUGGUAGAUUGAACAAAGCAAGGGAGUUAAUUGAGAAAAUGCCGACAAAACCAGCUGCUAUAGUAUGGAGGAGCUUGCUGAGUGGAUGCGCAAAGGCCGGUAACGUCGAGUUAGCUGAACAUGCUGCUGAAAUGGCUAUUUUGUCUGAUCCCAAGGACAGUGGAUCGUUUACUAUGCUUUCUAAUAUUUACGCGUCCAAGGGUAUGUGGACUGAAGCUAAGAAGGUGAGAGAAAGAAUGAAGGUUGAAGGUGUGGUGAAAGAACCUGGACGUAGUUGGAUUGGGAUUAAUAAGGAGGUUCAUAUAUUUUUGUCUAAGGAUAAAUCUCACUGCAAGGCUAAUCAAAUUUAUGAAGUGUUAGACGACUUACUUGUGCAGAUCAGAGGAGUUAGUUAAUAACUACCAUACAAGAACUCAUUUUCUAUUGGAGUGAUGGACUCUAUUUGGUUAAAGACCAAUGCAGCAGAUGAAGCUUAAAAGCGAGCCAAAGAAGAAAGAAUAAGCCAUGGUUAAUAUCGAGAAGCUGAAGGGGUAGCUAGCUCAGGAGAGCAAAGAUGUUGCUAUUAAGUUUUGUAAUCAAGGGAAAAUCGAUUCUGUUCCGUUCAAAUCCGAAGGAAGACUCAAAAAUUAACCCCGGUUCAGUUCUCAGUUUCUUCUCAUCAUCUCCUAAAACCGGGUUGAGAGAGAAGUUGUAAUGGUGAAUGCAUGAAUGGUAUGUUGUACAUGAUUCAUUUGAAUUUAGUUAAACCGUUUUUGAAAUCAAC